GCAUCAUCGCCCUGGUUUGGAUAGUUCGUGUCUGAGCUUGUAAAUUGUGCUCAGAGUUGCAGGUCACUUGGAUUCUGUCUAUAUAUUCCAUAUCCUCUCACGGGUAAAAGCAAAUGGAAUUUUUGAAAAUAAUAUCCAUAAUUCUAUUGAUGUACACAAAAAGGACGGAGAGUGGAACGCGUAAACGCAUUGGUAAACCUGAAUGUCUGGAAGAUUUUGGUGACUGUGUGGAAGGCGAGGAAUCUUGUAAAAAGUGCAAGGACAACUUUGAAGGAAACAUAACCGCAAGAUGCCAGAGAAACGCGUGGAGGCCAAUCUUCGAAAACUGUGUAUCUCCUAGCAUGCGCUCCCUUCUCUCGGUGUUUGAAAGAGUCAAGUACAAGAAAAAACCUUCUGGAGGCGUUAGCAGUGGAGGCUCUGUAGCAUUUGGGGCAGUAAAGCCAGAGGUUACCAACGGUGGAGGCUCUGUAGCGUUUGGGGCAGUAAACCCAGAGGUUACCAACGGUGGAGGCUCUGCAGCAUUUGGGGCAGUAAACCCAGAGGUUACCUAUGGUGGAGGCUCUGUAGCGUUUGGGCCAGAGGUUAUCAGCAGUGGAGAAGUCGAAGACCAAUGUUCGCUGUUUCCUCUCAUCUCUUCCGAAAUCCAGAAAGAAAGAACCACGGCGGGAAACAUUGCUACAAUAGUCACACUGCUACAGAAAAUCUCUGUGCGCUGCUUUAUAAGGCUACUAUCUGAAGAAAAAGUACAGGAUUACAGUAAGAUGGCAAAUCACAUACUCAACACGUCAACCAUACCCAACUGGUUGUUGGUUCCACAGAAGGAUGCCAGCUCUGUGCUCCUGACUUCUCUGUAUUCUCUGGCAUCAAGCGUGGCCUCCAGCACUGAGCAUUUGCCAAGAAUGAGUAUCCAGAAGGAAUUCCUCUAUCUGCAGACUGAAAAUAUCCCCGGGGACAGUGAUUUCACAUUUAAUUUUAACAGCACCCGACAGGCGGUCAAUGGGCAGAUCUUUAUUGAGAAAAAAAAGGUGCGAGACCUAUCGGAAUUGUUCGCUGUCAGUAUGGCGUAUCCAACCCUGGGAAACAUUCUGCCGACUGAAUCAGACAACGUAAGUGUGAAUGGACUGGUGAUGUCGCUGGCAUUAAGCACCAACGUCAGUGAAAUUUUGCUCAAAUUUGAGAAAGUCAGUAAAUCAUUAAAUAUUAACACUCACUGCGCUGCCUGGGACAGAGGGAAGGAAACGUGGAUCAAGGACUCGUGCCGAAUGCAAGAAGACUCGCUCCAUCACACCGUUUGCAAGUGCAACUAUUCCGAAAACUACCUGUCCUUUUCCAUUUUAAUGUCCCCCAAAGCUAAGGGUGGUCCAGCUCUUCAUUACAUCACACUGAUAGGCCUGGGGAUCUCAAUAUGCAGCCUGGUCCUCUGCUUGAUCAUUGAGGCUUUGGAAUGGAGACACAUAACCAGGCACAGAACUGCAUACAUGAGACAUGUUUCAAUAGCAAAUAUAUCCCUCUCGUUGCUCCUUGCUGAUAUCUGGUUCAUAGUCAGUGCUGCCACUGGCAACACCAAAUUCUCAAAUGUUUGCAUCACGUCAACAUUUUUUACUCAUUUUUUUUACCUCUCCUUGUUCUUCUGGAUGUUCAUUAUGGGUUUAUCCAUCCUCUACAGAAUCUUCCUGGUAUACCAUGAUAUGAGUAGAACAUUGAUGCUGGUGAUACUAUUCUCCGUAGGCUACGGAUGCCCCUUUCUCAUAAGCAUUUUGACGUUGGUCAUAACUUUGAGUCAACCGGGAAAGCCGUACACAAGAGAGGACAGUUGCUGGUUGAACUGGGAUCAUUCCAAAGCCCUUCUUGCCUUCAUUAUCCCGGCAUUCUUCAUCCUGGCUGUCAAUGUUCUGGUUACUUGUAUAGUUGUUUCUGUUUUACUGAGACCUUCCGUAGGGCAAACACCAAGGACCAAUGAAAGAGGCUAUCUGGUCCAGAUCAGUAGAUGUGUUGCUAUUCUCACGCCACUUUUAGGACUAACUUGGGCCAUUGGUAUUGCUACAAUCAUACAAGACAGCUCUAUAGUGUUUGAUUAUCUCUUUACAAUACUAAAUGCACUCCAGGGCUUUCUUAUACUGCUGUUGGGAAGCCUGAUGGACCCCCAGGUUCAAAAGGCUCUGAAAACCCAAAUUCCAUGGCAAACAUCGGAAACAAAGAAUACAUCAAGCAACCCCAAGGGGGAUUCUCAGGCACCAGAUGUGAAGACUUCAGAUGAAGAACUCUCCUGAAAAAUGUCCAGGCAUCUAAAUGAAGGUCUGUGUGUAUUGCACUGGAGAUAAUCCAAAUGUUCUUUGUGAGUUUAUCAUGUGUGAAGUCAAGUUUGGAGUUGAAAACCCUUAGAAACAUCCACUUUUACAUUUAAAAUAUUUAUUACACUAUAUUGUUUAUUGACUUGUAUAUAAACCCCACAGAAAUGAAUAUAUUUUUGCAAUGUCUUGUCCAUUGUAUUAUUAAAGUUGUGUUUCUGAGA